AUGUACCUCAGCGUCAUUCGUGCUCCACCUCCCGCUGGCGACCCGCAGCUUCCCGCCCCUUCCAGAGGUUCUGGCCCGGUGCUGCGACCACCGGCGGUGGGGACACUGGCGCAAGAGUUGGCCGCCUACGAGUUCACGCACGUCAACGAUCAACAGCUGUCCGACGAGCACAUGUCCGUCUACCGAGGCAAGUCUGAGUGUCGGUUCGGGCUUUACUCGAUGUCGACGCACGUGGGUCCGAUCUCGGACAUCAAGGACUUCCUGGUGCCGCGGUUCGGCAUCAAGGUGACCGAUCUCAACUUCCACGAGGGACACUGCGCGCGCGUGGGCAACUGCGCGGUGAACCAGGGCCUCAAGAUUAUCGACCACCGGGAUAUCUACACGCUGGGCGCGUGCCCUGGCAUCACCAAGCGCCGAUUCUUCUACGAGUACCGCGAGUGGGUCCAGGAAAACGUCGACGCGUUCCUCUGCACCCACCCCGCAGGUAUUUGUGAGGCCUACAUGGCGUUCAACAAGUCGAUCAUGGUGAUCGCCACCACGCGCUUCGAUCUCGCCCGGGCUGACGAGGCGGUUUGCAUGGACGGGUUCGUGAACAAUCUGCGACGCCUCGCAGCCGAUCCGCGCAACGUGAUCGCGGCCAACAACCUCUACGACGUCCACUACAUCCGCUUCUUCACCGGAAUACAAAAUGUGGAGCUCAUACCGUCGUAUUGCGGCUAUGUGAGCGCCACGUACAAGCCCGCGGCGGAGAACAGGCUGCUGGUGGGGCUCAGUCGAGGAAUCACCUUCACCGAGAGCCUCUUCAACCCGCUCAGAGCGAUUUGGGAUUCAUCGAGGACGCAGCGCAAGUUCACGCUCACCAUGCAGGCAGCGCUGGGCAGCUACAAGUACGCGGACUUGACAGCGUUCAAGGGGGUGGUGGUGAUCCCCUACCAGUGCUCGAUAAUGUCCAUCUUCGAGUACUACCGUAUGGGCAUCCCGAUGAUCGUGCCCUCGCUCGACCUCCUCACCUCGUGGCACAUGGACUGGCGCUGUGUGCGUGAGCGCACGUGGGACGGCGCGAUCCAUCAUCGCUACCUCGGCGCGUCGAGGUACCCGCGUCACUCAGAGGCCGAGAGCUUGGCGGACUGGGACCCCAACAACGAGUUGAACGCGACGGUGGUGCGGCAGUGGCUCUCGUUCUCGGACUUCUACCACUGGCCGCACGUCAUCCUGUUCGAUUCGUGGGAGGACCUGGCCCAGAAGCUCGACGCCGCCGACUUCCACGAAAUAAGCCGAGGAAUGUUGGACUACAGCGACAAACUGCGCCGACAGCUGGAGAACAAGUGGAAGAGCGUCAUGGAUCGCAUGUGGGGCGAGGUCCCAGGGCCGGGAGGGCGGAAGGUGUCGCGCAACUACGACGAAGCCAUGCAAAAGCUGUGGGGCAUCGCACCACCGGCGGACCCGUGCGAGGAAUGCGAGCUGCGCCCGCAACUGGACGAGGAGCAGGACGGCAUUCGGCGCGUUUGGGCCAAGCAAAAGUUGCAAUUCGAAGACGAAGAGACAUGGUAA